AUGAAAUCCAGUCUAUUCAAAGCUCUCAUUUUCCUCAUGGUUCUCAUGCUGGUAAUCGAAGCUGUAGUUGAUGCUUCGCCAAUUCCAAAAAAGAAAAAGAAACCAAAAAGUAGAAGUAGAAAACAUCCAAAAUCUAGUGUUAGCAGUGGUGGUAGCAGCACUACAAGCACCCCAAGUGGUGGCACCACCUCAAGUGGUACCGGCUCACAUUCAGGCGAAGGUACAUACUACAAUCCCGGUCUCGGUGCCUGCGGUCAUCAAGAUGACGACAGUUCUAGUGUUGUUGCACUUGCUGCACCAGAUUUCGAUCCAUCCACCCCGAACGGAAAUCCGAAUAAAAACACAUUAUGUGGUAAAAGAAUUCGAAUUUACUAUAAUGGAAAACAGGUUGAAGGCACAGUCCAAGACCGGUGUCCCGAAUGCAAAGCGGGAGAUGUUGAUAUGUCACCCACUAUGUUUGAUGCAAUUGCUGAUCGUUCACUGGGCCGUAUUCCUAUUACAUGGGAUUUCAUAUAA